AUGCAGCAAAACAACCCAUUCACCUUCGGUCCGUAUAGUGGAGCUGGCCAGAACGGAGUCAUUCCAGCUUUUGCGAACAACUACAUCCAGCAGCGACCUCUGCCUCGUCUGACACAGCCUGAUACUUCGUACGCUCGCAACCCUCGACAAGGCUACAUCGAAGAACAUCACAGCCAAAGUCCACCUAUCAAGUCAGAACCUCAGUGGAACGGCUCAGUCAACUCGCCUUCAUUCCCGUCCGCCAACACCAAAACCGUAACCACGACUACCCCCAUCACCGGUAGUAACGACGUCAAUUUCGGAACGGAAGUUGACACUCUCAUGAAAGCUAUUCAAGCCAAAACCCAAAGCACAACACCACAGAAACCUUCAUCUGCAGAUCAGAGUAGACCUGUGGUAGGUGUCUCCCGUACCCCUCCUUACGUGGAGGCUUCUUCUCAAGCCAGAGCGUAUGGUUCUGGAGACUCGAGUCAAUACAAGCUCACGCAGAAGGAUGUUCAGGAAGAAGCGAGCCCUAAGGGUGGCAAGAAACGGUAUCAAUGUACAAUCGAGAAUUGCACCAAGAGUUUCUAUCAGAAGACGCAUCUCGAUAUUCAUGAGCGAGCCCAUACCGGAGUCAAGCCAUACCCAUGCAAAGAACCUGGAUGUGGUCGCAGCUUCUCCCAGCUUGGAAAUCUGAAGACGCACGAACGACGGCACACUGGAGAACGUCCAUACCAUUGCGAGAUCUGUGGGAAGAGAUUCGCGCAACGCGGGAACGUCCGCGCCCACAAGAUCGUCCACGAUCAAUCCAAGCCGUACCUCUGUCGUCUCGAUGACUGCGGCAAGCAAUUUACGCAGCUCGGCAAUCUCAAAUCCCACCAAAACAAAUUCCACAUCGCCACCAUCCGCGCUCUGACGACCAAGUUCGCCUCCAUCAAGGACGGAGACAUCGUCCAUGCAGCCGACAAGGAGCUGUGGGAGUACUUUGCCAACCUGUACAAGAACAGCAACAAGGGGAUCAAGGGUCGCGGCAAGGACCGCAAGGUUGGCUCUAACUCCAUGGCUUCAAGCUCCGGGAUGAGAAGUAUGUGUUCAAGAGGUGGAUACGGCAUGGCUGGUGCUGGCAGGGGGAAUAUGAUGGGCUCUGCAUCGGUUGGUGCGCAUGCUUCUGGAAGAGGAGAAGGUGGACAGUACGAGAUGUUCGACGUUGACGAGGAGAGCCAGUCCGGCCACAGCGGAAGCGGUGGUGCGAGUUCAGUCGGCACCUGCUACGACGAUGCGCCAUCAGAUGGAUUCGAAGACGCUGGACGAAGCGGCGACUUGGCGUUUGGAGACAGGAUGUACUGA